AUGGCUUUCGGAAUUGGAACCAUCAAUGCUAUCCGCGUAUUCCUCUAUGUAGUCCUUUUCAUGUUCUCAGCUGUCAUGUUAGGCUUGACAGCAGCCCGUUUGGAAUAUACUACUCACCUUCGGCCAUGGAACCCAUUGAACAAUGGACGUCCCUUCUAUGACCCCAUCAUUGCUGAACUUCUUGCGUCUUCUUGCCUUUCCCUUCUCUGGUCACUUUUCUCACUACACAUCCUGUUCCCCGGGUGGGCGUUUGAGUACGGCGUUUUUUCAAGCUUUGUCGCCGAGAUGGCCGGUCUCUUCAUCCUGUUCGUGCUCUGGAUCGUCGGCGCUGCAAUUGCUUCCACUAUGUGGGCCGAACUCGAGUGGUGCCACGAGUACGAGCAGUGCCGACUCCUCAUGGCUCUCGUCGCAUUUGCCUGGCUCGGCUGGGCAGUACUGCUCUUCCUGCUCUUCAUCAGCGCCCUGUUUGCAGUAGUCAACCGGGCGCUAUUUUGGCAAAUGCACGGACGUUAUGAUCCACGCACUAGCAGGGUCGUGAAGGUGUGA